AUGAAUAUGGCAGUAAGUAUGUCGUUAAACAAUAGUAAUAUUUCUAGAAAUGCUUCUGAUACUUCACAAGCAGCUGAACCAGAAUACACAGUUAAAAAUCUGAGCAAUAACCCACGACAUAUCUUUGGAGAUGAAGUACACCUAUAUGUUCUGCCUAAAGUAUUUGAAAAUAUAUGCGAGAACAAUGAACUAGAAGAACUAGAAAAACUUAAACUAGUAAUGAAUAUUGAUGAAGAAGCAAUUUCUAAUGAAAUAGAUGAUUAUUUUGGCCAAUUUAAUGGCCAAACAAUAAAACUAUCUGGCGAUGAAUUGGCAUCCAUAUUACAGAAAAUACUGAUUAAAAACACAAAAUAUAUAGUAAGUGGAAUAACUGAUACGACAUAUAACAAUCUCCUGAUAGAAAUCGGAUCUGCAAUCGUGGACAAUUGUAUAAUUCGCUUUAGUACUAUACAGACGGGUAUAAUGUAUAUUGACAAUAAAUAUAAAAAAACCCAAAAUGUUCAAAAAUACAUAGACUUAUCCAAGAAAUUAUUACUUAAUCAGAAGUUAAUAUCCCAGAUGAAUCAUACACUACUAAAAGUUUUCAAAUGGUAUUAUUAUGUGCUUUCACAUAAGGAUAUCAAUAGGCAUUACUAUCUUACAUAUGCAGCACAGAUAAUAAAUGAAAAACUAUUUACUAGUUCUAUGCUGAGUGAUGUACUAGAUGAUAUUAACAAAGUAUUUACAGUUAAUCUAUGUGUGUCUACUAGGCUAGCAAUAGAAGAGAUCGACUUGUUUGAGAGAAGAAGGGACGGCAUGACUCAUCUUGACUAUGCACUUGCUCUAUUGAUGAAAUACCGCUGGGAAAUAGCUGAUUAUUAUGAUAAAAAUGGAGGAAAGAAGAAGGAGUUUACCCUUUCAGAGUAUGAAGAGCAAUUAUUGCGAAGGUUAUACAUAGACAGAAAGCUGGUAUGCAAGGUAUUUAAAUCUAUAAGAGAAAUAACAAAAGACAGUGAAAAGUAUGUUGACUGUGAUUCAUUUAUAUCAAACACACUAUUCUGGGAUGCUAGCGUACCAAAAAUUAAAGAUCCAUCAUCAUUUAAGUACAAAAAUGAGCCAAUCGAUGCUCGCCUGAAUAAAGCCUUAGAAAAACAUGCGAAUUCCCCUGAUACAGCUAGAAAUUACAUUAUGGAUCGAGUAGAACUCUAUAAGAACCUUGUGUUUGAUUACAAGAAGCCUGUAAAAGGUGCAACGGGUCUUCAAAAAGUUAUAAAUUUGGAUAGAAUCAUCUCUGCGAAAAAGGCAACUACUCGUUCAGUUAUGGCGGCGGCUGCAUUUAUUACUGGUUUAAUUACAACAGCCACCCUUCUUAAUAGGUCUACUACACCUGGCCUUACAGCAGAGAACCCUUGUUCUAACAGUAGCAUGGAGGAUAUCAAUGGCUUUGCCUAAGGAGAUAUGAAGAAUGAUAGGUCUAAUGGCUAUUAAACAUAUGAAAUGCAUGGCAUAG